GGACGCGCCGAGAGGGAGACCCGGGCCCCGCAGGGCUCCUCACGGGGACGGCGCGCGGGGGGGGGUCGCGGCGGCGGCUCCGACGGCCGGCACCAUGUCGGCGGACGAGGACGAGCUGAAAGUCCCGGAGGAUAUGUUCAAAGACGUCAAGUUCUUCACCGUGGGGGACAUCGACCCGAAGGUUAUUCAGCUUCUGAAGGCUGGGAAAGCAAAGGAGGUUUCUUACAAUGCACUUGCUUCUCAUAUUAUUUCGGAAGACGGGGACAAUCCAGAAGUUGGAGAAUCUCGUGAAGUUUUCGAUCUCCCGGUGGUAAAGCCUUCCUGGGUGACCUUGUCUGUUCGCUGUGGAGCUCUUCUGCCUGUAAAUGGCUUCUCUCCAGAAUCAUGUCAGGUCUUUUUUGGAGUCACUGCCUGUCUCUCUCAGGUUUCAUCUGAAGACCGAAGCACGCUGUGGGCUUUGAUUACUUUUUAUGGAGGGAAUUGCCAGCUGAGCCUAAAUAAGAAGUGUACUCAUUUGAUUGUGCCUGAGCCGAAGGGGGAGAAAUACGAAUGUGCUUGUAAACAUGACGUCAUUAAAAUUGUGACACCAGACUGGGUACUGGAUUCUGUAGCUGAUAAGUCUCGAAAAGAAGAGACUCCUUAUCAUCCUCGCUUAAUUAUAUACGAGGAGGAAGAAGAGGAGGAGGAGGAAGAGGAGGAAGAAGCAGAAAAUGAAGAGCAAGAUUCUCAAAAUGAAGCCAGUACUGAUGAAAAAUUAUCAAGCCCAGCAUCUUCCCGAGAAGGGUCACCUUUGGGUGAUCAAGUUUUCUCGCCAAAAUCUACUACUGCUGAUAAGGCAAAAGGGGAACUGAUGUUUGAUGAUUCUUCAGAUUCUUCUCCGGAAAAGCAAGAGAGGAAUUUGAAUUGGACGCCAGCUGAAGUUCCCCAGGCAUCCACAGCAAAGCGUAGGUUGCCUCAAGGGAAAGACUCCGGGUUAAUUAAUUUAUGUGCCAAUGUCCCGCCAGUGCCAGGGAAUAUCUUGCCUCCGGAUAUGAGAGGCAAUUUGAUGGCUUCGGUCCAAGGUGCCCAAAGUUCUGAUCGACAAGAAAUGAUGGCUGCGUGGAGCCCGGCAGUGCGGACGUUAAGGAAUAUUACUAAUAGUGCUGAUAUUCAGCAGAUUAAUAGACCGUCAAAUGUAGCACAUAUCUUACAAUCACUUUCAGCACCUACAAAAAGCUUAGAACAACAAGUAAAUCAUAGCCAACAGGGACAUCCAAACGCGGUGCUGUUUAGCCAAGUGAAACUAACACCAGAGACACAUUUGUUACAGCAGACACAUCAAGCACAGCAGCAACAGCACCAUCCUCUUUUACAUCUUCAACCUCAACAACUUAUGCAGCUACAACAGCAGCAGCAGCAACAGCCCCAGAUCUCCCAGCAGCCUUUCCAGCAGCAACAGACUCACCAGUUUCCACAACAGCAGCAGCAGGUUCAUCAGCAGCACCAGUUCGCACAGCAGCAGCUUCAGUUUCCGCAGCAGCAGUUGCACGCCCAACAGCAGCUCCACCGUCCUCAGCAGCAGCUCCAGUUCCAACAGCAGCAUGCUUUGCAACAGCAGCUUCAUCAGCUGCAGCAGCAGCAGCUCCAGCAGCAACAGUUGCAGCACCUCCAGCAACAGAACCUCCAGCAACAGCAGCUGCAGCAUCAGCAGCAGCAGAUUCAGCAGCAGCAAUUACAGCAGCAGCACCUACAGAGGUUACACCAACAGCAUCAGCAGCAGCAAAUGCAGAACCAGGCAGCACAGCACUUAACUCAGACACCUCAAGCACUACAGCAUCAGGUCGCGACCCAGCAGCAGCAACACCACCAGCAGCAACAGACACAACUGCAACAGCAGCCGCUUUUUGGGCAUGAUCCUGCAGUAGAAAUUCCAGAAGAAUAUUUCCUGCUGGGCUGUGUCUUUGCAAUUGCUGAUUACCCAGAACAGAUGUCUGAUAAACAGCUGUUAGCGACCUGGAAACGGAUCAUUCAAGCACAUGGUGGGACAGUGGACCCUACACUUACAAGCAGAUGCACACAUCUUCUCUGUGAAAGCCAAGUCAGUAACAUGUAUGCUCAGGCUUUAAGAGAAAGGAAGAGAUGCAUAACGGCACAUUGGCUGAACUCAAUCUUGAAGAAGAAGAAAAUGGUACCACCUCAUCGAGCCCUUCACUUCCCAGUGGCAUUUCCACCAGGAGGAAAGCCAUGCUCUCAACAUAUAAUCUCUGUGACAGGAUUCGUUGAUAGUGACAGAGAUGACCUCAAACUAAUGGCCUACCUAGCAGGUGCCAAAUACACAGGCUAUCUGUGCCGCAGCAACACAGUUCUCAUCUGCAAAGAACCCAGUGGCUUGAAAUAUGAGAAAGCCAAAGAGUGGAGAAUACCCUGUGUAAAUGCACAGUGGCUCUGUGACAUACUGCUAGGAAACUUUGAAGCUUUACGGCAGAUACAGCACAGCCGCUAUACAGUAUUCAGUCUUCAAGAUCCGCUUUCUCCUAGUCAACAUCUAGUUCUCAACCUUCUGGAUUCUUGGAGAGUUCCACUGAAGGUAUCACCAGAACUUCUAAUGGGUGUGAGGUUGCCUUUGAAACCAAAGCAAAAUGAACCCAGUCUUCAGCCAUCUUCCAAAAGAGCACGGAUUGAAGACCUACCGCCACCUACUAAAAAGCUCACCCCAGAAUUGACACCGAUGGUACUCUUCACAGGAUUUGAGCCUAUGCAAGUUCAACAGUACAUCAAGAAACUGUAUAUCCUGGGAGGCGAAGUAGCAGAAUCAGCCCAGAAAUGCACCCACCUCAUUGCCAGUAAAGUGACCCGCACUGUCAAGUUCCUGACAGCAAUUUCUGUAGUCAAGCACAUAGUCACUCCGGAGUGGUUAGAAGAGUGCUUCAAAUGCCAGAAGUUCGUUGACGAGCAGAACUUUGUGCUGAGGGAUGCUGAAGCUGAGGUGCUUUUCUGCUUUAGUUUAGAGGAGUCCCUAAAGAGAGCACAAGUGGCUCCGCUGUUCAAGGGAAAAUUCUUCUACAUUACACCUGGAAUUUGUCCCAGUCUUUCCACCAUGAAAGCUAUUGUGGAAUGCGCAGGAGGAAAAGUGUUAUCCAAACAGCCUUCUUUUCGAAAACUCAUGGAGCAUAAGCAGAAUAAAAGUUUGCCAGAGAUAAUCUUGAUUUCCUGUGAAAAUGACCUUCACUUAUGUCGAGAAUAUUUUGCUAGAGGCAUAGAUGUCCACAAUGCUGAGUUUGUCCUGACCGGAGUACUUACUCAAACACUGGAUUAUGAAUCAUAUAAAUUUACUUGAUGGAUAGUAAAAUGCCUUACUGCUUCGGAGUCCUUGGAGCAUUAAAUCUAGCUGUUCAGCCAUUGUACAAAGUAACUAAAACUUCCUGUGGAUGCUGUUUUCCAGCUGUUUACCUAAGGAUGAAGAGCAGUUUAAAGCAGGAAAGCAAAAAUCAACUGCAUCUUUUUUAGGAUGUGUAAUUUUAUUAUGAGGAAACAUAAUUUACUAUGUUUUGUAUAAUACUACCAUUUUAAAAGAGCCCACUUUAGGUAUCAUGAUUAGCCAGUUUUUAAACAUUUUAGCAUAAAUGAUGGUACUUCAGCCAAAAGUGUAAUUUGGAUGUAAAAAUAAAAGGGCUUGCUGUCUAUUAAAUUAUGGAUGUUGAAGAUGAAAAUGUUUUGUACUUUAUUUUUAUUUCUUAUACUCUAUUUUCUUUUAUAUUGAUAUUUUGCCCACAUUUUAAAUAAAUGUACUUUUAAAUGUUUUACUCUAUAUUUUAGUGGUGGUUCAUUCUUUUUGAAUAAUGUGCAACAAUGGCACUCUGGUAAGAGUAAAUUACUCAAAUCUUUUUCCAAGCAAUGUAAAAUUAUUUUAAGCUUAUUUUACCAGGUAUGUUUUAAUAUAUAAAAAUCCCACUGCUUUAAAGGGGAAGUUGUUGUAAGUGUAUAAAUGUGUUUUUACUGAAACAAAGGAAUAGCUUGAAGGAAGGAGAAACUAUAAGCUCACAUAUUAUGCUAUUGUGAUAAGUUCUGUUUGUAUAGUGAGUUUUACUAAAUAAAUAUUAAAAUAUCAGUUUUCCCCCAUCUAUAUUCAGUUGUUUUUCCUAACACACACACACAGUUCUCAUAAUCUGACUUUACAUU